UUGUCUUCCGUAAACAUUUGAAUUAGGAAACGUGAAAAAGCCUCACGCUAUGCCAAAUACUUUGAAAAUACAUGUAAAAUGUUAUCUUCGCAAUUGUGAUGUACUUUGAACUGUUUUUUGUGUUGGCUUGCUUAUCUAAGUGCUAUUGUUUGAACAAAGAGGAUGAGCAGGAGCACUGCGAUCAGCUCAAACAGUGGCUAGAAUCUUCCUCUGUGUCCCUGGAGCUUAGCAAGAAGGGCUUCCACAGGGAGGUGACAACCACUGUUGAGCUCAGACCAAGCGCACUCAGUGGUGCCAGCGUUUUGCUGCUUUACAGAUGGCCGAAUGGCGUCUUUGUAGAUCCAUACCAGCUGGCAUCCCUAAGUGAUCAAAGCAACUUUGAGAUAUUACUAGAUUCAGCCAUUGACCUCGAAGUGCCUGCUCACAAGACUUCUGGAUUUCUUACCUACGUGUUUCCCUCCCUCACUGGAUCAGCUCCCAGUUUCCUAAAAUUAAUAAUCCCAGUACACGGGCGCUAUCACCAGCCCUCUUUUGAUGGGGAAGCAUUCGCAUCUGUUCACAUUGAACCUCCUGACCUGCUGCUGCGCAUGGAAAAAUGCUCAGAUCUUCGCAGAUUUGACUCUCGUUCUGUAGUGGACGCACCAUGCACUGCCAGCAAUUCCAGCACAUGCUCAUGGGUGAAAAAACCUCUGCAGCAGGAGCCCAGCACAGUCAGCGUCACGUUUCCGGUUGGUGACGGGUCAGCGACGAUGCUUGUCUGCGGUGGGACUCUUCUUGCCACUGUGGUCUGCUGUGUGGUGUUGUCUAAAUACAUGUUGAAACAUCGAAUCGUUUAAGCUGCAACAGUCAACAGGACUUGUUUUAAUGUGGAGCAGUUGUGUCUGGGACCAGGAUGAUCCCAGCUGCUUUCUGUCAAUACAAAAGAGAUCUGUAUCUGUUGUGAAAGAAUCCCAGGUAUCCACAUUAAAUUAAAUCCUGAGGAGCUUAAUAUUUUCACAGGUUUUUUUUUUUAUUCAUUUUUCUGAUCUGAAAUUGAAAUUUUGCCCAGGUAAUAUUAAAAGAUAACUAUUUUUUUUCUUUAUUGAUUUAUUUAUUUUUGUUCAAGCAGUUGGGAAACAGAAAUAAAAAAUGUAUUGAGCUACAAAUGAUGUUUUAGAUCAAUAAAAUAUCUAAACCUUAUAUUUGCUUGCACAUGUCAAAAUAAUUCCCAACGUUGAUUAAAUAAACAUGUGAAACAUAAA